AAGUUGGACUGUGGAAAACUUUGCAGGGGUCAGUGGAGGGGUAUUUUCUUACCCUCCUCCCUCCCACCUAAUACAUUCUCUCCUUCUAUUAAUACCCACCGUCUUCCCAUCUUUUCUUGGUUAUUGUGUUUGUUCCCAGAUGGAGCGUAUCAUUCUUCUGGAAUACGCUGGCCCCACCAGUCUUGUGACUUUAAAUGAUCAAAUGAGUAUUGCAUCACCCUCAUCAAAAUGUUAUUGGCUGUAUAAGGCAGACCCCCUUGCAUCAUCACUCUGACGUGCCAAUACCCACCUUUCCAACAACACUGAUCUCAGAACACUGCGUCAAUGAAAUGGGACUAUCACUCACUCUCUGGUCUUCCUUAAAAUAUAUCUGGUGGAUAGCUGUGAUUUAUCAUGCAGUGGGAGGUGUUUAUUUGCAUAUCCACUACUCAAGCAGAUGGAAGCCCUAUGGACAUAUUCAUUUCCUUUAAGCAUUAAAGUUUAACUGAGGUAGAUCCCAGAGAACCCUGGCAACAGCGGUGGGAGGAGCAUAGUAACCUUAUCUGACCCUGCUGCUGCUCCAGCCCUGUUUUAAAAACCUGACAGGCAGAAUGACGUCCAGGCACCGCGAAGACAAUCUCUCUUGCCCCCUCUGUGGAAUUAUCUUCAACCAGCCCGUUGUGCUCUCCUGCAGACACAGGUUCUGUAAAACAUGCCUCCAAGACAGCUGGAGUACCCAGGACAGUGAGGACGACUGCCACUUCUGCCCCCUAUGCUGGAGACGUUCCUCCAUGAAUGAGAUUGUGGUAAACACCAUUCUGGAGAAGACCUGUGAGUCCUUCAGGAAGGAGAUGAGCAGCAGGAAUAACCCUAUGGGGUGUAAGGAACACGGAGAGACACUCUCACUCUUCUGUCUGGACGAUCUGCAGCCCAUCUGUGUUGCGUGCCAGACGUCGGCGGUACACAAGGGGCACAGGCUCUACCCCAUUGGGGAAGGUGCACACGACUGUAAGGAGGAACUCAAGACCGCGUUGACCCCAUUGAAGGAGAAGCUGCAGCUGUUCAAGAAGGCUAUGGUCGUCUGUGAUCAAACGGCAGAGCACAUCAAGAACCAGGUUGAGCAUACUGAAAGGCAGAUAAAGGAUGAGUUUGAAACCCUUCGCCAGUUCCUGAGAGAUGAGGAGGCAGCCAGAUUGAAUGCUCUGAAGGCAGAGGAGGAUCAGAAGAGUCUGCUUCUAAAGGAGAAGAUUGAGGAGAUGUCCAACGAACUGACGUCCCUCUCAAACACCAUCAGAACCGUAGAGCAAGAGAUGAGGUCUCAGGACAUCCCAUUCUUACAGAACUACAAGGAUAUCAUCAAGAGAACCUGGCAUAUGCCGCUGGAUCCAAAGAUGAUUCCUGGAACUCUGAUUGAUGUGGCAAAGCACCUGGGUUCUGUAAAGUUCAACAUCUGGGACAAGAUGAAGAGCAUCAUUCAAUAUACUCCUGUGACUCUGGACCCCAACACAGCCGCUAGCUGCUUCAUCCUGUCUGAGGAUCUGACUGUGGUCCAGUGCUGCUCCCAGGUCUUCAAGCUCCCAAACAACCCCGAGAGGUUUGACAUCAGUGCUGAGUUACUGGGCUCUGAGGGGUUCUGCUCUGGCCUCCACAGCUGGGAGGUAGAGGUAAAGGCUAACACAUACUGGGUGGUAGGCGUGGCCAGCGAGUCCAUCAACAGGAAGGGCAAGCACGUGCUGACGCCAGCCGAGGGCUUCUGGACUAUACGAUUCCGCAAUGGCGAGCACAAGGCGUGCACGGCACCGUGGGCGCCCUUGACCAUGAUGAGGAAGGAGCCGCAGGUCAUCAGGGUGGUGUUGGACAUGGACAGGGGCAAGGUGACCUUCUUUGACCCCCGGGAGAGGACGCCCCUCUAUACGUUUACAGACCUCAUCUCACCCCGGGUGUUUCCUUACUUCUGCACUGCCUGUAAGGAACACCCACUGAGACUGCUGCCCGUCAGGCUGUCUGCUGCUGUGGUGCUCUAGAGGGCUCCAUGGGGGUUCAUUACUAACAAGCAGUGGAGGCUCAAUUACUUACAGACAGAUCCAGUUGAGUUUACUACCUAGUCCUAGAUGAUGAAGGCUGAUCACUUGGGACAGUCUGGAAUAAAGCAUGUAAUGGUCUUAUGUUUGUGAGUAUUAUGUGUCUACAGAUGAUAUACACUGAGUAUACCAAACAUUAGGAACAACUUCCUAAUAUUGAGUUGCACCCCUUUUGUCCUCAGAACAGCCUCAAUUCGUCAGGGCAUGGAACACAUUCCACGGGGAUGCUGGCUCAUGUUGACUCCAAUGCUUCCCACAGCUCUGUCAUGUUGGCUGGAUAUCCUUUGGGUGAUGGAUCAUUGUUGAUAUACACAGGAAACUGUUUAGCGUGAAACACCCAGCAGCGUUGCAGUUCUAAACACUCAAACCGGUGCCACUGGCACCUAAAACCAUACUCCAUUUAUAUUGCCCAUUCACUCUCUGAAUAGCACAUAUACACAAUUGUCUCAAGGCAUAAAAGUCUUUCUUAAACCCGUCUCCUCCCCUUCAUCUACACUGAUUGAAGUAGAUUUAACAAGUGAUAGAAACAAGGCAUCAUAGUUUUCACCUGGUCAGUCUGUCAUGGAAAGAGUAGGUGUUCCUAUUGUUUUGGACAGUCAGUGUACAUGUUGACUUGAAAAGUAGCAAGUCUUGAAAUAGGUAGACCUGAAACUAGUUAGCAGCUCUAAAACGGUACAAGUUUGUCCUAGAAUGUCAGAGCCCUUAUAACUCUGUUCUGAAACACAAAAUAAAAUAACACUGGUGUCUUUUACAAACCUUUAUUUUGAGUUACACCUAAACAAAUGUAUGAAAAUGGAGACCUAGAAUAAUGUUCCCAAUCAAUUAUAUCUACAAUAUUACUCUGAGAAAUUGCUUUAUUACAUAAUAAUAGGGCAACCAUGAUUGUUGACUAAUUGACAGAUUUUGAAGAUAUUGUUUAAAUAAUGCUCUUAUGUAUUGGAGUUCCCUAGUCAGGUUAAGCAUAAAACCCCAAUAGUUCCAGGACACACAGGGCUUCCACAAGGCACAUAAUAUCAAUGUGUGUGAACCUGAGUGGUCAGUCAGUGCAUAUCAUCCAUUACUUCAAACAUGUUACGUAAUCAGGUUUAGUUUUACAUUUAAAAAAAAAUGUAAUCGAAACUCCUACAGUUAGUGUUCGGAAUAAGAGGCAUGUUCAGCUGUGGCAUGGUCUAUCAUACUACUAACACACAGGUAGCAACACCUCAUCCAACAUGGACACUCAAGUAUUGCUAAAAACCUGUUCAGUAUUUUGUUCUUUACAUGGUGGCACACUACUAUUACAAGGUUGGGAGCAAAUAGCCUGGAACACAAUCUUCAAGAGACUGGUAUCUCAACGACUGUGGUAUAUUCAGUCCCAGCUCUCAUUUCCUUUACACUCUCAUUGUAACAAACAGACAAAUGCUGUCAUUGUAACAGACAUCCUGGUUUCAUGUGAAAACUUGCUCUGCUCUAUGUGCAUUGUAGUGUUGAAGGCUUGAACGUUUUCAUUUGGCUAUACUAAGAAACAACACAAAUGAAGAAAUACAAAAGAGGGAAAAAGCCCUCAUCCAACCUUGUCCUUGGACGUUAUUGAUACAGUGUUAAAAGAUGGUUUUGUAACAGUACUAAGGUUUCCCUAUUGAUUGAUCAGUAGCCCUUCAGUCCCCUGAUCUAGACUAGAUCCAGGGAGAAACACUAAUACAUGGAGACUUCAGCAAUAACACUACUUAAAGCCUGCAGGUGUACUGCUUUAUAACGUGUUCUAAGCACAGAUGAGCCUUUAUAAUAUGUUAUUUUCCACAGCGUAUGAACAUAUCAAGUUGAGACAGGAUCAUUAUGAGUUGAUAAGACAUUAUAAGGGGUCAUGCAUGCUUAUGACAAGUCUUGCAAUGCAUUAUAACGGCAUGAUCAGGAUUUCCACUCCAGCAUAUCACAGUCUCCAGUAUCUGACACCUUGACAGUUACUUUCCUAAAGCCGGUGUGCACAUGACUUUCAUGAUCCUAACAUGGCUGAGCCUCUCGCACUAAACGACCAUCUUUCCUGUCGUAUUUUGUUGUCUUGCCAACUUAGUGGUGCCAUACUAAACCACGUGGCACAGACAGGGGUCACACACUACAAGAUUCUUCACUUGGUCGUGAGGAUUGUCCAUACCACCGUGUCUCGCGAAAACAGUUAUGUGUUUAGAUUUAACGUAGCUACAACAAGCUGUGGCUCAAAGCAGCCUCAUAAACAUGUGUAAACCCAGCUUAAAAUAGUCAAUCUCAUAGAGCCAUUCUACCCUCCACUAUAGCACUGUGUAGCUCCUCAUUCACAGCCUCAUAACGCCCUGCUCU